AUUCGUAGCAAUGAGAGCUCCAUACUCCGAAGUCUAAACGUGAUUCAACUUCCAACGACCAGACGACUGAGACUUGGGAACUGCACCUACAACGCCGUCAGAUUCCCAACGACCAUGUCGAAUAAAAAAAUAGAGCAAAGCGAAAUCGAGAAAUACUGGGAGAUCUUCUCCUCCCUCACCAACGGGGGCUCGCAUCUGACUGGCGCUCAAGCCGCACCUGUCCUCAAGAACAGCCAGCUGCGAGAUGAUCAGCUCGAGAAGGUGUGGGAUCUGGCGGAUGUGGACAAUGAUGGGAAUCUGGACUUCGAGGAGUUUUGCGUGGCGAUGCGUCUGAUCUUUGAUCUUGUAAAUGGGGAUCUAUUAGAUGUGCCGCAAGCGUUACCAGACUGGCUCGUUCCCGAAUCGAAGUCCCACCUGGUCCAAGCGAACCGCGCACUCACCGGCCGACAGCCGCAGUUCGAACGGGUCGAGGAUGACGAAGACGACACACCAGGCCUAAAAGAUGGAUUCGACUGGUACAUGUCCCCAGCCGACAAGUCAAGAUACGAGGAGAUCUACGACGCAAACCGAGACGGCCGGGGCGAUAUCACGUUCCACGCCCUCGAACCUCUCUUCUCUUCUCUAGACGUCCCCGACACCGACGUCCGAUCGGCCUGGAACCUGAUCAACCCCUCCGCCUCGUCCACCAUCGGCAAAGACGCCUCCCUCGCCUUCCUCCACAUCCUCGCCCAGCGCCACGAAGGAUUCCGCAUCCCCCGCAGCGUUCCUGCCAGCCUACGCGCGUCGUUCGAGCGCAAUCAGAUCGACUACAACGUGGACCGCGUGCAGACGUCCGCGCAACGGUGGGGGACCAAGUCGGACGACAGCACGGUGACGGGCCGUAAAGCCAAAUUCGGCGACGCGUAUCUCAGUCGACUGGGCGUCGGCGACCGCACCGCCUACCGACCGAAAGGCACGGACUUUAGCGGCACGCACACCACGGAAGACUGGGAAGAGGUACGGCUCAAGAAGCAGCUGAAGGAGCUCGAGGAGAAGAUCGAGAGGGUGGAGACGGCGGCGAAUAGCCGGUCCGGGUCGCGGCGGGAUCAGGGGAAGCCGGUACUGGUCAAGCGGGAGUUGGAGCAGCUGCUGGACUACAAGCGGCGGGAAUUGCGGGACCUGGAGCUCGGGGAGGGGACGGCGAAGGAAGCGCAGAGCCUUAAGAGCGUAUCAGAUGACAUUCAGACGGUGCGGGAACAGGUGGAGGGGCUGGAGGGGCAUUUAAAGACCAGAGAGGGGGUGCUGGCAGAUCUGAAGCGGCAGAUUGAAGCUGAACGAGCGGGCCGAUGAGAUCAAUUGUGUUGGAUCGGCGUAUGACCUGUAAACGGUGCGAUGGGCGAGCGGAAUUUGAUUUCGACAUGGACUCUGCGAUUGGAGCGUGUAUAGUUUGAUGAAGCAUUUAGCUGGAUGCCUAUCACCGGGUAAUGAUAGAAUUGGCCUCAUAUCAGUUGGAGGAUGCUUCUCCGCACCCCUCCGUCAUCAAUGACCAGUGUGGUACGACAUACUCCGUAUACAUACUUGUCGAUUCCUGUCUACAAGCUCGAACGCUGGCAGAGGGGGGAUCGCAAUUGGAGGGCAAGAAUCGUGAGAAUAAGUAGCAGUACGAGUAAGUACAAGUAUCUUCUAAUAGAGUAUCAACAUCUCUUUGAUCG